GCCUUGUUUGGAGCUGCUACGAAGCUAGUAAAAAUUCAUGUGAAAUGAACAAUAAAUUAUCGAAGCAUGGUGCCCUUGUAAUAUUUAAAUAGCGCAUUAAGCUAUAACGAAGCUUUGGGUACGAUAACAUGUGUUAUUGGAUGCACCAAAUUUCAGUUUGGAUUAAGAACGUACGUCAGUGUCGUUAGCAUGCUAGCCCCUGAGCUAGGCUAGCUAAUUGUAGCACAGGUUGAGUACCCUUUAAAGUUAAAUUUCUCUCCAAGCUGAAGCAAUGUUGGGGUUCCUGGCAGCAAGGCAGGCCGGUCUGGAUGACCCUCUACGACUCAGACGUGCAGAGUCAACGAGAAGGCUCCUGAGUCUGAACUUGAAUCCUGACAGAGACGUGGACAGAGUCCAUGGAAAUGGCAUCAACACCAUUGACAUUGAAGUAAUAGAGGGAAGAUACAUGUUGUCUGGAGGAGCAGAUGGAGUGAUCGUCAUCUACGACCUGGAGAACUACAGCGGGAAACCACAGUACACCUGCAAGGCCGUUUGUACAGUAGGCAGGUCGAGUCGGUAUGUCCACAAAUUCAGUGUCGAGACAGUCCAGUGGUAUCCCUAUGACACAGGCAUGUUUGUCUCCAGUUCCUUUGACAAAACCAUGAAAGUCUGGGACACUGAGACACUGAAGCCUGCUGAAGUCUUCGAGUUUGAGGGCAAUGUCUACAGCCACCACCUGUCCCCCAUCGCCAGGAAGCACAGUCUCGUCGCAGUUGGCACCAAAGAUCCCAAAAUCCAGCUGUGUGACCUGAAGUCUGGCUCGAAGAUUCACGUUCUUCAGGGUCACAGAGCAGAGGUCUUGUCUGUGCGGUGGUCGCCCAGAUACGAGCACAUCUUAGCCACUGCCAGUGCAGACAGCAAAGUGAAAGUUUGGGAUGUGCGCCGGGCUUCUGGUAGUCUCUUCACUCUGGAUCAGCACAAUGGAGACAAGUCAAAAGUCUCGUCUGAGGCAGUGAACACAGCUCAUAAUGGCAGAGUGAACGGCCUGUGCUUUACUGGUGAUGGCCUCUACCUCCUCACCACUGGAACUGACGACCGUAUGCGACUGUGGAAUAGUGCCACAGGGGAAAACACAUUGGUAAAUUACGGGAAAGUCUGCAACGAGAGUCGUAAAAGACUUCAGUUCACCGUGUCACGAGGCUGCAGCCCAGAAUUUGUCUUUGUACCAUGCGGCAGCUCAGUAGCCAUGUAUACCCUCCACACGGGAGAGCUGGUCACUAUGCUUCGGGGUCACUACAACAACGUCGACUGCUGCGAGUUCCACCCAGACUACCAGGAGCUGUACAGUGGAGGUAAAGACUGUAAUAUCCUGGCGUGGGUUCCUGUUCUUCGUGCCUCAGAUGUGGAAGAAGAAUCAAAGAGUGCCAAUCAGGCUGCUGCUGACCAGUCGACAGUGAACCCUGCCUUUCAGGACGCAUGGAGCAGUGAUGAAGAUUAACACUGGUGUUUUGUAUAUGCUGACAAAGUGGC